AUGACGGAGUAUCCCCAAGAAGUUACUUGGCUGUUUUUCCGCGACAACCAAUGGGUGCCCUUUCAGAGCGAGAAUCAUUUUAAAAUUGAACAAGCGUUUACCAUGGGCGGUAACUGGCAAUAUAAACACUUGGUGAUAGAUAAUAACUUCCCCCAGUUGAAAAGCAUACGUGUUUUUCCGGCGCGCUUCUACCUCUCCUACCUUGGAAUGAAGUAUCGGCUCAGUUGUGUUAUUCAAGGCUGA